AUGGAUGAAUCAUCAUCACUGACCCUAACCAGUUCCAUAUUGAUAGCGUUAUGCUUGGUCAUAUUGGGCUUGUUGUUGUAUCGUUAUCUUGGUCAUCGUCAGGCGGUAUGGUCACGUUCAUACAAGGAGGAGAAAAUUGGUUUAUCAGCCCAUAAGCUGUUUAAACCAAAUGGAUAUAUGAUCCAUUCCGGUUCCGAAUUGCUGCUUAGCUCCAGCGGCAGCUUUAAACGUUUCGAUACGGUGGACAAGGAUUCCCUCAAGAAUACACAGCAUCAGAAUUCACCCAAACAUGCCACAACACCACUGUGGAAUUUAGCGCAAAAUGAUUUGGAGAUACCACCACAACCGUUACGACCAGCUCCAGCCCCGGGUCCACCGGCUGCAGCCUCAACACCGCCUGCUGUCAGCAAUCAAACAAAAAUUGUGACAUUUUCGCUGCAAUUGACAAACGAAUGUCCAGCCACCAAUCCAGAGCCCAUAAAUAUUUUCCGCUCAACGAAUGGUCACUCUUCAUUGAAACGUGCAAGCCCCAUGGAAAUACCACCACUGGAGGCACCACCCAAACCCAAGGCAGCCACUUCAUCAACCACAACGAAUCAUGUUAAUACUAACAUAGGUGGCAAUGGCCACGCCGGCAAUGGCACCAUUCCCAACACGGCUAUACCACGACCUGUAGUUAAAAAAUCACCUCAACAAAAUGGUUUUUCCUUAGAAGACAAUCCUUAUAGCUUUAAUAGUUCUGUUGUUAUGCGUCAGGACAAGCCCCCCUUGCAGAGGGCUAAUACCAACAUCUUUACCACUGUUAAUAAAACAACAAUGACCAAUGACAUACCUGAAAUAAAACCAACAACAACAACAACCGCAACAACGAUUCCUGUUAAUCCUUUCAUCGAAGAAACGAAAUACCACACGAUCUCUUCGUAUCGCAAACCAAGUUUGGCAUCCCACAACGAGGUACCACCACCACCCUCUGCGGCAGCAUUUACAUUUCGUAGUCGCUCUUUUUCGCAGACAGAAGUGCCGACCAAAGAUGAAUCGCCAAUGAUUUCGCUAAAAAAUCUGGCCAAUGUUUUUCAAAAUCCCACACAAUCGCUGCCAAAUCCCGGUAAUCCCUUUGCCCAUGUGGCGCGAAAAAUUAAAGGGCCACACAUGUUGCAGAAGACCAUAUCGGAAGAUUUUCUAUUUCGUAAAUUUGGUUAUAGUGGUUUUGGGGGAAGUGGUGGUGGAGGUAGCGGUGGCGGCGGCAGUGGUGCAGGGACCCAACACAAUGGCCUCAAUGGCCAUCAGUUGAAUGGUAAUGAUGGCAACUCAUCAUCAACAUGGAAUUUUAGCCGCUUCCUAAUGCAGGAAGACACACCAUUUGGUUUGUGGCGUCGCAAUAGCUCACAGACCUCCUUGAAUUCGGGUAGCAUGACCUCCCUGGUUGAUGGUGGUAAAUUGGAGCGUGCCAUUUCUUGCGAAUCCGUGGAUUCCGAUUAUGAAUCGUUGGGCUAUAGUAAUGAUUUUGAUCAGUCUACCUAUACACAAAUUACGGGUUAUCUAUGUGUGGGGUUAAAUUAUGAUAAAAAUUCCAUAACACCCCAGGGAGUUGAUUUACAAGUUAAUAUUCUGGAAGCCAAGGAUUUAAUUUUACCAUUUAAGGUGGAUACGAUUGAUACAUUCGUAAGGGUUUAUUUGGUACCCGAUCAAACGGGAUCGUUGCAAACAAAGGUUGUGGAAGAUUCCUCAACUCCGAGCUAUAAUGAAGCUUUACACUUCUGGCUGAGUAAACAUUAUGCCCGACAUUCGUUAUGGUUCCAUUUGUUUCACAAUGGUGAUGCCCACACAUUAAUCGGCGAAGCCGAAAUGGAAAUUGGUGAAAUACCCAAACCCAUAACAACAUGGAUACCAUUGACCGAUUCCCGCAAAGUCAACGCUCAAUGGGGUGAACUAAUGUUUUCCCUCAGUUAUUUGCCGACAGCGGAACGUAUUACCAUUGUGGUGGUCAAAGCCCGUAAUCUACAAUUGAGAGUGCCUAGCAAAAGAAAUCCGGAUAUUAUGCAUGACAUACAAAACAUUUUCGUUAAGGUCUAUUUAAUGAACAACGACAAAAAGGUUCUCAAGAAACGUACUUCGUUGAAACGCAAAGAUCGCUGUCCCGUUUUCAAUGAAUUUGUGAUAUUCAGUUUGCCGCCACAGAGUCUAACCACAGCGCAGAUACGUCUGACUGUCUACGGGACAACGCAGGAUGAUGCCACAACGGUAACACCCCUGGGUCAUGUAUUUGCCGGCAGUGCCUGUUCGAAUGGCAAGGGUUUACGGCAUUGGCAUCAAAUGCUUUCAUCUCUGAGGAAACCGGUAGCCAUGUGGCAUGUUUUAAGGCGUGGAGGAGGCGGUAGUUCCACAAUGAAUAAAUCAGUAUUGGAGGAGAGUGGCAAUGUUGGUGUUGCAGCACAACAUCUCACAAAUAUACAAUGUGCCAAAAGGAAUAGUGUAUUCUAA